AUGCUCGGCGAUCUCCACGACUGGUUCUUGGAAAAUGGUGGCCAACUGGCUCCAGGCUUGCACGUGGCCGACUCGGAUCUUGGCGGACGUGGGCUCUUUGCCGAAAGUUUUAUCCCCGCAGGGUCCCAGGUGCUGUCGCUCCCUUUGGAGGCGGCCCUGUCCUCCGCGGAUGACACUGUGGCAGACUUGCCUGUGAACUCGCUUUUCCGGCUUACUGAGCUCUUGUGCGCCGAGAUACAGAAGGGUGAUGCCUCGCGAUGGGCAUGCUGGUUCCGGUCCCUGCCUCGGCAGUGCGGCAGCUGGCCGGAGUGGCGAGAGCAAGAGCUUCGCUUGGCGCAGCGAGGUCCCCCGAAGCUGUUCCAGGAAGCAGUCGACCUGGCACGGAAGCUGCCGCAGUGGCACAAGCAGCUGAGCCAGAUUCUGCCAGGAAGUGUCAUCGCUGGUCUUGACGACAAGUCCAGCUUUAGGCGAGCAUUGGCCAUAUUGUUCAGCAGACGUUUCGGCAUCCUUUGUGACGGCUGCAAGAUAGCUGUAUGUGUGCCGCUGGGUGACAUGAUCAACCAUGCAUCCACUGAAGCCAAUGUGGAGGUGCAGUAUGACCAGGCAUCCAGGCGCUUGUCUUUUGUCACCCUAGACGAUGUUGCGGCUGGCGCGGAGCUCCUCAUUUGCUAUGGGCAGCUAGACAAUUUGGAGCUAUGCACAAGUCAUGGCUUUGCUCUGCCGGAAAACCCGCUGGAUAGCAUCGUCCUCGCUGAUGAUGUCAAGCUGACACGGGCGUCUCAACUUGCACUUCCAGCUUUGGCAGAAGUUCAGUGCAUAAUGGACGCUUUGCCUCCGGAAGAUGAGGACAAGGCCACGUGGUUGGACGCCAACAGCUCUCAGGCAUGCUGUGCCAUUGCCAGCUUCCGCCUGAGCUACCGCAGAUUGCUGCGGCAACUGCUGGACAAUCCAUCACAAGAGCAAUCAGAGCAGGAGCCUGGGAUCGGCGAGAUCCAGAAGUGA